AAACAAAAGAUGAUAUCCACCAAAGCAUAUAGCCUCUUCCUGGUCUCCUUAGCCUUAACGACCUCUUGGUUAUCUUUGGCGGCUCCAGUCUUCACCAUAAAGAUAAGCAACAACCUUGCACCUGGCUCUAAUCCGAUCUCCAUAAGUUGCAUCUCGCCACAAAAAGAUAUUUGGUCUGCUGUUGUAUCUCAAGGUCAGAGUUCCGAGUUUGGGUUUGACACAAACCGAUCAGUUAAAUGGACUUGUGACAUCUCAUCGGGAGCAAGAAAGAGUAGUUUCGUCAUCUUUGAUCUUAAUAGAGACAAAUCAAGAUGCAGAUCCGAUGGUUUUUGUCUAUGGCAAAUCAAUCCUGAUGGUCUUUACCUAUAUGUCGCUUCUAUUCAGAAAUACCAAAAGCAAUUCAAUUGGUGAUACACCAAACAAUAUGCAUUGUGUUAUUGUAUCGUUCAGUCGUAUAAUAUAAUAUAAUUAUAAGAUUUCUAAGGU